AUGACGAUCGAUACCCCUCGAAUUCUUCUCGUUGAUUCUUAUGAUUCGUUCACUUUCAACCUUGCUUCUCUAUGUCGUCAGGCGAUUCCUGACUGUACCAUACAUAUCGUCAAGAACGACCAGAUUUCCGUUGAGGACCUCUUUUCACUUGUGAAAACUUUUUCGGCUGUCAUUGUUGGUCCCGGCCCAGGUUCUCCAAAUAAUCCAGCGGACAUUGGGGCCAUAAGGGCUCUCUGGAAAAUACCUGAUGCUGACCUUAUCCCAAUAUUCGGCGUUUGUCUUGGACAUCAGAGCCUGGCUGUUGAGCAUGGUGCCAAACUGAAGCAACUCGAUGUCGUGAAACAUGGUCAGGCUUCCAAAAUUUUACAUACCGGAACCGAGCUGUUUGAGGGUGUCGGAGAGAUAUCUGCAGUUCGGUACCACUCGCUGCAUGUAGAGCUGCCUCCUGGUGGUGAUAUUGAACCCCUCGCAUGGGCUGACGAUGGCUCCGAGAAUGGUUCAGUCUUAAUGGCAGCUAAGCACAAACACCGGCCGUUUUGGAGUGUGCAGUAUCACCCUGAAUCUGCCCUCACAGACGAAGGGGGGCCCAGCGUUCUUCAGAAUUUCUGGAAACUUGCGUCUCAAUGGACGAAGAAGCGAGGUAGACGUCCACAACUGCUGUCCCCAUCCGCUCGGACGAUUCUUGGUCCUUCCUGGCCAACUUUCCUCCCCUCCGACAUCACCACCGGAUCUCCUCUUCUUACUCGAAAUCAAGUUUCCACAGCUACAUUGUCCUUGCAUUUAACGGUCACCAGCAUUUGUGAACGGCUGGGCGUACAUAACGAAGAAGUCCCUUUUGUGCUUCUGGAUUCCGCCGCGAAGCCCGGGCGUUACUCCAUCAUUGGUGUACUAUUGCCAGACACCAUACAUAUUCUUUAUUCCGUAUACGACUCGUCAGUCACCAUCAAACGUGGGGAUGCACAGACUCACGAGCUUCUUGAGGAACGCGAUAUCUGGUCGUGGCUAGGCGAAUUUAUGCGGCGUAGGAGUGGACUUGUGGGAUGCCCUGACAUUCCGUUCUGGGGCGGUCUUGUUGGCCUGUUGAGCUACGAACUAGGAACCACAUCCUUGUGUGUACCCCUCCGGUCAGACAGAAGGCAGCGCAAUCGACAUCAUGACGUGAACCUCGUAUAUGUGGAGAGGAGUGUCGUCAUCGACCACCACACUCAAAAGAUUUAUGUUCAAUCCAGUUUACCAAACGACAAGCUUUGGAUUUCUCAGAUGGUCGAUACUCUGAAAUCGGUUUCCUCCGGGACGUCUCAGUCCACUUCAUUGCCCAAGGAAAUGACACCCACUUCUUCGAGGGUAACACUACCAGACAGAUUGCGCUAUUUAUCGAGAAUAGAGGAGGCUAAAGCAUCACUCUUCUCGGGUGAUUCCUACGAACUCUGUCUCACUGCCAACACACGAGUCGAAGUUGACCGAGAUUUGACGUCCUGGGAGCGGUACAAGGCUCUCCGCCUCACCAAUCCCGCUCCACACUCUGCUUACCUCCGGCUACACCCAAGUACCUUCCUAUCCUCUUCUCCCGAGCGCUUUCUUUCAUACUCAAGGCCACCCAACCCGCUAUUCGAACUACGACCGAUUAAAGGCACUAUUCGUAAAGCGCCUGGAAUCACGCGUGCUCAUGCGGAGCAAGCACUGCAAGGGAGUUGUAAAGAGGUGGCUGAAAAUCUCAUGAUUGUCGACUUGAUCAGACAUGAUCUUCAUGGUGUUGUUGGUCUAGAUGUGAAGGUGAAGCAAUUUUGUGGUGUAGAGGAGUACGAAACUGUCUGGCAGAUGGUCAGUGUUAUCGAAGGCAAGCUGCCUAAACAGUUAGAGGGUAAUAGCCAAAUAGGCUUGGAGGUCUUGAAACACAGUCUUCCUCCAGGUAGCAUGACAGGAGCUCCGAAGAAGCGUAGCGUUGAAAUUCUGCAAUCGCUGGAAGAUGAGGACAGAAGCUUGUACUCCGGUGUCUUCGGGUACUGGUGUAUUGGUGGUAGCGGUGAUUGGUCUGUGGCCAUUCGCAGCUGUUUUCGCUAUGAAGAUAAGGAGGAUGUCGAGGAAUGGGUUAUCGGGGCAGGUGGCGCUAUCACAGCGCUCUCUGAACCGGAGGCUGAAUGGGAUGAGAUGGUGACGAAGUUGCGAAGUGCCCUUGGAGCUUUCGGCGCUAGGUUAUGA